CUUUCCCUAAUUAUCCACGAAAAUUUUCCCAGUUUCUUAUUUGUUCAUGUAAACCUUCUCGUUCUCUCCAUUGGCUUCGAAUUGAUCGCAGAAUCCGAGCCCUAGUAUUUCAGAGGAUAGUUCUCAUUCUAUUGCCCUUUUCAUCUGAAAACGAUCUAGCACUAGUAGAUCAAGAAUGAUAUUCUGCUAGUGCUCAGACGGCGUAAAAUGUCUUCCUCUGAAGAAGUUUUGAAGGCUGUUUUUCCUUUGCUUGACGGUGAGAAUCUUGCUGCAUGUAUGGCGGUAUGCAGACAAUGGAGAGAUAUCGCUCGUGAUGAUUAUUACUGGAAAUCUCUAUGUGCCAAGAAAUGGCCUUCCGUUUGCAAGCAAUCUCGACCUCCAACUGUCACAUAUUACAGGUUGUUCCAAAUGUUCAGUAACCGACAGAUUCAACGUGCACUUCCUCCUCCGAGGCUGUCUUUUGACGUGCUCGAAUUCUUCAUCGACAUCUGGUCAGACGACAAGCUGAUGUACUCGGAAGUGAUUCCCGGAAUUGCAUUGCAAGGGGGAAUGAAAAUCCCUCCUUCAGGGGUUAGCAACGUUCUUAGAAUCCACCUCGAGAGGCCUGAUUACAAGAUGAUCGUGCCCGCUGAGCCAAGAUUUACUAUCCCUCUGAACCAGACUGUUAGUGUUUCUGUUCUCGUGGGAGACAAGAGUUCGGAUAAGGUUGCCCGGAUAAUCAACCGGUCAGUUUUCGAUUAUAUAGACCGCUCAUCCUACAGAGCACUUGCUUUCGAGUAUCUCGACUUUUCUCCUCGCCACCCCUUCAUCUCGGGUAUCCGAGCUUGGAUCUCGUUGCUUUUCAUGGACGUCGAGGACAUAAACGACGGGUUCAUCGAUGUUUUUGGGAUUCAGCUGGAUUUCUGUGAUGUUGCCAACACAAAGGAAGAGGUAUUGUGGCUUCUGGACAUGCUUGAUUGGAAAUGAAAGGAAGGAACCCGCGACCGCUCUCUUCAGCUCACCCCGAAACCGAUCUGAGUGGUGGGAACGACAUCGGCACCACCAGGUAUGAAAUGACAGCUUGUACAUAACAGUCACGAUCUAUGUUAUCCGUGAAUCCUAUGAUCUCGUUGUUCAUCUGCCCGUAAAGACAUUUUCAGAGAGAUGGUUUGAUAAUUUCACCA